AUGGCACCGGGGAGAGGGGAGGCAUGCGGCGGCCGAGGGAUUGCGGGGACGUGCGUGGCUGCCCAGGCUGCCCUCUGCAAGGCCACGGCUGGGCACCGGCAGCUGGUGCUGCAGCUUGGGGGCAGCGCCGAUGGCCCCCGGCUGCGGGAGGAGCGGCGCAGGAGGAGGGCGGAGGGCAGCCGGCGAGGGGGGGGUCCCACGCAGACCCCGGCUGCCCCAUGCCUGGAGGAAGAGAUCGAGCAGGUGAGAGCCACACUGGGAGAGAUGGAGAGCAGAGCCAACAUCCCGCUGUGGACGGUGGAGGCCACACAGACGGCAGGCGGCACAGCAGCCCCCGCAGCCGGGGUGACCUGGGGGGGACCUCACACUGGGCACUGCUGCAGGGUGCUCUAA